AUGUUUAAGAAUGUGCAAGAACAAGUGAAUCAUGCCAAAUCCACUGAUGAUAACUUGAAAAUAAUCCUUUUACCAUUGUUCUGGCGCGAUAGAGCGGUGGAGUGGUUUUCAGAUUUCGAAAUGUACCUAGGUUUAGAGCUUGGUGAGACGGAACUGGCGAAUAUUGUAGUGCAAUAUUUAAACGACGCUGACCUUGCUCUGGUCACAGAUAUCACUCUAAAUCCACCUAGCGAACAUUAUACAGCGAUUAAGGAACGCCUAACCUUCAUUUGGGGAUGUCAUGAUGAGAGGACAGAGAAAGUAGUAGAAGAAUUUUGUAAGCAGCCCUUGGAUAGCCGUUUAUCUCUUAUCAAACUUUUCAAUAUGGGUAGUGAGUUCAGUGAUUUCUUUGGAUUGUUGCAAUCAAUCUCGAGUUUCGUUAUUAAUUGUGAUGCGAAUAAGGUGACAGAAGUCAAGAAAAAUUCCAUACCAUUGUGUUACUAUCACCAGCGGUUUGGUAGCGAGGCAAGAUCGUGUCUUAAGCCCUGUGGAUAUACUGACUAG